AUGCCUGCAACUUUAAAGAGAAAACGUGGCGAGGAUGAGACUCAACCGGAUCAUAUAGUAUGUACAAAUUGUGCAAACCAGCAGAAGAAGGAGCAUCAUCACCAGUGUCCUUAUUACUAACCGUUGACAACUAAUAGGAUAGCAAUAGCAAUUUCAGAGACCAGAUAUCUCAGCUGAUUAAUCGCAUGCAGACCCAAAAACAAAAUGGACGCGCUCGAAUGACUCAACCACCUCGAAACGAAAAUGAGUCCGAUUCUGGGCCUGAUGCUGCAUCUGAUUCUGCACCUGGAGAAAAUGGUCAUCAUCAUGAUGGCCAUGAUAAAGAUGGUGAAGACAGUGAAGACGAUGAUGAUGAAGAUGAAGAUGAUGACGAUGAUGAUGACGACGAUGAUGAUGAUAGUGACGACGACGACGACGACGACUUGGAUCUGCCUGCAGAAGCAGGUGUCAUUGAACGACUAACGUUGAAAAAUUUCAUGUGCCACGACUUUUUUGAAUUGGAGUUGGGCCCGCAAAUCAACUUCAUCAUUGGAAGAAACGGUUCGGGUAAAAGUGCAAUUUUGACCGGUAUUUCAGUUGGUCUUGGUGCGAAAGCUAACGAUACCAAUAGAGGCAGCACGAUUCGAGACUUGAUAAAAGAUGGUACCCAGAACUCUCGGAUCAUUGUUGUUUUGAAAAACGAAGGUAUUUGGGCUUUCAAGCCUGAAGAGUACGGCAAGAAAAUCAUCAUUGAACGGCACCUUCGAAGAACCGGUAAUAACUCGUAUUCGAUCAAGAAUGAAGCUGGCAAGGUGAUAUGUACUAAAAAAUCAACUUUGGAUGAAAUCUUGUACAAGUUCAACAUCACCGUUGACAACCCGUUGGCCUUUUUAUCUCAGGAUAAAGCUCGCGAGUUUCUUACUUCGGCAACUGCGAAAACCAAAUUCGAAUAUUUCAUGGAUGGAGCCUACAUAACUGACAUUUGCAAUAAUCUCGAUGGUACAAAGGAAAACGUGCAUGAGAUCAAGCACAAGGUGAGACAAGCAAAGGAAUUUGCUGCUCGUUGCGAAACGGAACAUCGAAAGAAUGUCGAGAUCUACGAGACGCAUAGACAAUACGACGAGCUCCGAGAGAAAUUGGACUUGUUGGCGGGCAAGAUCCAUUGGCAGAAUGUGAAGACGAUUGAAGACAAGAUUCUAAAAUACGAGACCAAGAUAACCAUGCUGCAGGAGGAGAUCAAGAAGAAGGACGCCGAGAUUGAAGAGUACAACAAGGAGAUCCUGCAACGAAAGCCCGAUCAAAUCAAGUUGAGUGAAGACGAAAGAAAUGCCGAGAACGAGGUGAAUGCCGCUUUGAAGGAGGUGGAAGACGCUAGAGACGCAAGAACAAGCAUUCGAUCUCGGAUCAAUGUUUUAACGAGCGAUAUGGAAACCAAUGAGAAGGAGAUUGACAAGUUAAACAAGAACUCGGCAAAGACACAAGAGGCCAUUAACAGAGAGAAUGAAAAGAUUGCAGAGCAACGAGGCGGAUCCAAGGAAAAAUUGAAGGUGCAGCUCGAGGAAGUAAGCUCCAAGAUUGCAAAGUAUGAACAGAGAUUCGACGAAGGUAAGCAGCGACUCAAGAAAUUGGAAGUGGGGCCCAUCUCUCAAUUGGAAGACUUGAGCAGAUCGAAGCAGGAGGCCGCGUCAAAGAUCCACGAAUAUCAAAUGCAGCUAGUGGAAUUGGAUAAGCAGCAGAACCUGCGGUAUGUGGCUUGGGGCGCUGAAAGAAUGCAACUGAUUAUUCGAGACAUCGAUCGGACCACCUGGGUCAGCAAACCCAUAGGUCCCGUUGGAAGCUACGUGCUGGUGAAGAAGCAAUAUAGUCAUUGGAAACUGAUGCUUGAUGCGGUGUUGUCGAAAACCUUGGACUCGUUUGUGGUUUCAGAUGAAAAAGACAGACACAAGCUUGCCCAGAUUUUAAAGAACCACCGGGCCUAUCACAACAUUCUAGUCAGGAAGAUGGAAAAAUUCGAUUUCGCCAGUGGCAAAGCCAGCGGGACUACAGUGGCCGAUAUGCUUGACAUUGAACAGGAUGCUCUUUUGUACGCCUUGAUCGAUACAAACUCUAUCGAAAAACUAAUCAUUGCAAACUCCCAAGAGGAGGCCAGACGACUUUGUCGCCAGCAAAAUGUGUUUAGCGUCUUGAUUCAAUUUGCAAGGGAUUCAGGCAAAAGAGUCAGCCAUAACGGGAACUUGAUCAUCGAUCCCGUAUACUACCUGUCAAAAGCCCCAAAAUUUGGCACGGCCAACAAAGAAGACAUGAUUGCCGAAUUGAAGAAAUCAAUCACGGAGGAGAAGGUGAACCAAAAUGAAUUGGAAAAAGGGAUUCGGAAAAUAAAGCAAGAGAUGGAAUCGCGCCAAAACUUGAUCAAGCGUGAAUUGAGCAAUCUCAGACACGAGCUUGAAAAGCUCAAGCGGGAGAGAGGUGUGUUGGAAGAUAAAAUCGACGCCGAGGUUGACUUUACCCAUGUCACAAACUUGCAAAUGAGGAUUGAGGAUAAUAAUUUGCAGAUAAAAAGACUAGAGUCCUUGAACGAAUCAGUUGCCGAAGAAAUCCGAUCGAAGCAGGACCAGUUCAAUUUAUUGAACUCGCGAGUCCAAGCAGCCAAGGACGCCCAUAGAGAGUCCACCAGGGCCAAGGCGGCAGCCAAGAAGGCCUUGUUGACCAACGCCGAGUUCAUCGAGGCGUUUGAGCGCAAACGGAAGGAAUGUCUCGACAUGAAGUUGAGAUCGCAAAAGGACAUUGAGGAGGCUACGGAGUUGAUUUCGGUGGCGAUCCCGAAACUAGAAGAAGAAAAGAAGGAUGCGGAGGCGAUCUGCUCCGAGGAGGAGGCGGACAUCUCCGCCAGGGACACCACGGAAACUUUGACAAAGGCGUAUCAGGACGUGUCGCGACUGCUCUCGGAGGCCGAAAGACGGCUUGGAGAACCGUUGAGAGCGGUCAUGGAGCGGUUAAAGUUAUCCCAAGCCAAGCUUGAGUCUGCCAAGGCGAGCGAAGAAGAGUUGAACAAUAUCUACCUGCGCUUGGAGCAGGAGCUCGUGGUGAGACGCAACUUUCUCAGCACCACCGUGAACCAUCAGGUGAGUACUGCUAGGAGGUCGUUUGAAAGCUCAAUGGAGGUGAGAGGGUUCAAGGGGUCCAUCAACAUGAACUUUAUGGAAAAGUCCCUCGAGAUCUUGGUCAAGACGAAACAAGACCUCGAACUGAAAGGGGUUUCUGCCCCCGGGAGAACUGUUGAAUCGUUGUCGGGAGGUGAAAAAUCAUAUACUCAGAUUGCGUUGUUGUUGGCCAUCUGGCAAACGAUGAACUCCAAAAUCCGCGGGCUAGACGAGUUUGACGUCUACAUGGACUCCGUCAACAGAUCCAUUAGCAUCAAGUUGUUGUUGAAGAAUUUGAUGAAAUAUCCAAAGUCGCAGAACAUUUUCAUCACUCCGCAAGAUAUUGCAGUUGUUGGAGAUUUUGAUAAUUUGAGUGUGCGAAUCCAUAAAAUGUCGGAUCCCCGUGGGUCAUGA